GGAUACAACCUUUGACAACCAAAACCAAAGGGACACGACAUCUACAACCUUAGCCUAGGUUCACCACAAUCCACGACGCCGAAACGACCACAACGAGCACCCGCUUCUUCAAAUAACCGCCUCAAACGACGCCACGAUUCGCGAUCCCUUUCGCCUUCUCUUCGCCAAACCCCCUUUCUGUCUCCACGGAAGAUGACAUCGCAAUAACUUACAAUGGCCAAGGCCCCAAAUCAUGGAGCCCACCAAGACGACUCCCACCUCCCGGGCGCCGUCGCCGCCCAUUCCCACCACAGCCCGAGCGAAGAGGACAGAGGCCUCCUCGCCGACGAUCCCCUCUCUCCGCACCACCAUGAAUCUCACGGCGCCGGCACAACCACCACCACCACCACCACCAGCGACGAGGGGUACUUUGUAGCAGCAAAGCAGUACGCCACAUCCCUCCGAUCCCCCGGCACCCCCCGGACCCCGAACCGCGUCCGCUUCAACCCCAUCCCCUCCAUCGUCGAGCCGCCGCCCCCGCGCGCCUCAAUGACCAACAGCAACGGCGGCUCAUCCGCCCGCGCAAGCCGCGACAGCUUCGACGUCGACGACGACCUCUUCCACCACGCCCCCGGCGCAGACGAACACGAUGACCAUCACCUCCUGCCCCUCCUCACAGACAUUGAGGCCCCCUCUGUCACCCUCGCCAACAGCCCCUGGGGCGAGGACGCCGACGACGUACACGAAUGGGCCGAGCAGGAGCGCGCGAGGCCCAAAUCGGGUCUGAAGAUGGCGUUCAUGAAUAUGGCCAACUCCAUCAUUGGCGCCGGCAUCAUCGGCCAGCCCUACGCCUUCAAGCAGGCCGGCUUGCUGGCCGGAAUCAUUCUCCUCGUCGGCCUCACCGUCGUUGUGGACUGGACCAUCUGCCUCAUCGUCAUCAACAGCAAGCUGUCGGGAAGCAACAGCUUCCAGGGGACCGUCGAGCACUGCUUCGGCAAGACGGGGCUCAUUGCCAUCUCAGUCGCGCAGUGGGCGUUUGCCUUUGGCGGCAUGGUUGCCUUUGGCGUCAUUGUCGGCGACUCAAUACCUCACGUCUUCACGGCCAUCUGGCCCGAUAUUCGGGAAAUGCCCGUGUUCCACCUCUUGGCGAACCGGCAGGUGGUCAUUGUAGUCUUCAUUUUGGGAAUCAGCUACCCGCUGACCCUGUAUCGCGAUAUUGCAAAGCUGGCCAAAGCAAGCACAUUAGCUCUCAUAAGCAUGGGCGUCAUCGUAGCGACUGUCAUCAUUCAGGGAGCUCUCACUCCCAAAGCUGACCGGGGUUCCUUCACACCCGCCCUUCUGACCGUAAACACUGGCAUAUUUGAAGCCAUUGGCGUGAUUUCUUUCGCAUUCGUAUGCCACCACAACUCCCUCCUCAUCUAUGGCUCCCUCAAAACCCCCACAAUAGACCGCUUCUCCCGCGUAACGCACUACUCAACCGGCAUCUCAAUGGUCGCCUGCCUCCUCGUCGCCCUCGCCGGCUUCGUCACGUUCGGCGACAAGACCCUCGGCAACGUCCUCAACAACUUCCCCUCGGACAACGUCAUGGUCACCAUUGCCCGGCUCUGCUUCGGCCUCAACAUGCUCACCACCUUACCCCUCGAGGCCUUCGUCUGCCGCGAGGUCAUGUUCAACUACUUUUUCCCGGGCGAGCCCUUCAACAUGCACCUCCACCUCAUCUUCAGCUCCGCCCUCGUCGUCUCCGCCAUGGUCAUGAGCCUGCUCACCUGCGACGUCGGCGCCGUCUUUGAGCUCGUCGGCGCCACGUCCGCGUGUGCGAUUGCGUAUAUCCUUCCGCCACUUUGCUACAUCAAGCUCACCACCCGCUCGUGGAAGACGUAUGUCGCCGCCGCUAUUAUUGUGUUUGGUACCGUUGUCAUGGUGAUUAGUCUUAUACAGGCGGUCGCCAAGAUGAUUAGCAGUGACGGUGGACCUGCAAAGUGCAUGUAAAAGUAUAGGGUGUCUCUAUUUCCUCACUGUAUGAUCACCAAAAAAAAAAGAAGAAGAAAUGGGCGUGUUGUCCCGUCUAGAGUAAGAAUAGGAAAUCGCUAGCCGUACCCGCCCCGCCGCGUUCCAGGCGCGCUGUUUGCGGAUCGGUUGUAGACAAACCCCGGAACAUUGUAUAUCACGUAGUUCUUUGGUAGAGUAAGUACUUGGAGUAGGUAUUUAACAUUAUGGUGUUGUUGUUUUCUUGUAUGGAUAGAGAGAGACUCGGCAAUUGGAUUAUGGCGUAGGAGUGGCUAUAAAAGACACAGUAUUUAUU